UGUGUGAGGCCUUAAUUAGAAGAUAUAUGAAGAUUGCAAGGCAAAGAAAGUAGCGAAGAAAGUAUGGCUUCUAAACCAGGAGUUCUCACCAACUGGCCAUGGACGCCUCUUGGAAGCUUUAAGUACCUGAUCCUGGCUCCUUGGGCUAUUAAUGGUACAUUCUUACUUUUAAGCAUGGAGAAGAGCGAAAGGGACCUUUCCUGCUUCCUCAUAUUCCCUUUUCUACUAUGGAAGAUGCUUCACAACCAGAUAUGGAUUAGCCUCUCUCGUUACUGGACUGCUAAAGCUGGCAACCGCUCCAUCGUCGACAAGGGCCUUGAAUUCGAUCAAAUCGACAGAGAAAGCAAUUGGGAUGAUCAAAUAUUAUUCAAUGGAAUACUGAUGUACCUAGCUUAUAAAAGCAAGACAUUAGAUCCUUCACGCUUGCCUGUGUGGAGGACAGAUGGAGUAAUAUUGACAAUUCUGAUGCAUGCUGGUCCCGUUGAGUUUCUCUACUAGCUACUGGCUUCACAA